GAGCUCGCCAUGGAAACGGCGUCGGCCUGCAGCGCCCGCGGCACCAUGAUCUCCGCCAAGGAGAAGAAUAAAAGCCCGAAGGACAGCAUGACGCUUCUACCCUGCUUCUACUUCGUGGAGCUGCCCAUCGUGGCAUCCUCCAUUGUGUCGCUGUACUUCCUGGAGCUGACCGACCUCUUCAAGCCAGCCAAGGUGGGCUUCCAGUGCUACGACCGCACGCUGUCCAUGCCCUACGUGGAGACCAGCGAGGAGCUCAUCCCGCUGCUCAUGCUGCUCAGCCUAGCCUUUGCGGCCCCCGCAGCCUCUAUCAUGGUCGGCGAGGGUUUGCUGUACUGCCUGCAGUCUCGGCCCUGGGGCCGUGGUGGAGGACCUGGCGGGGCUGAGGGCAGCAUCAACGCUGGUGGCUGCAACUUCAACUCCUUCCUGCGGCGCACGGUGCGCUUCGUGGGUGUCCACGUGUUCGGCCUCUGUGCCACCGCCCUGGUGACUGACGUCAUCCAGCUGGCUACCGGCUACCAUGCGCCCUUCUUCCUCACUGUGUGCAAACCCAACUACACGCUGCUGGGCACCUCGUGUGAGGCGAACCCCUACAUCACACAGGACAUCUGCUCGGGCCAUGACACCCACGCUAUCCUGUCUGCACGGAAGACCUUCCCGUCACAGCAUGCCACACUCUCAGCCUUUGCUGCGGUCUACGUGUCGGUGAGUGAGUGAGUGAGUGAGUCCCCAGCCCCGGCCCUGCGUGGGCAGCCCUCGGGGAGCCGGCUGCCCCCUGACUGCUGCUCCCCCCAGAUGUACUUCAACUCCGUCAUCUCCGAUACCACCAAGCUGCUCAAGCCCAUCCUGGUGUUUGCCUUCGCCAUAGCAGCUGGCGUGUGUGGCCUCACCCAGAUCACGCAGUACCGCAGCCACCCGGUGGACGUCUACGCUGGCUUCCUCAUCGGGGCUGGCAUCGCUGCCUACCUGGCCUGCCACGCAGUGGGCAACUUCCAGGCUCCACCCGCAGAGAAGCCCUCAGCCCUGGCGCCCACCAAAGAC